GUAUAAAAAAAUCUUAACAGACAUAAUAUAUCUGGAAAGGUCCAACAUAAAUAUUAACUAUCUACAAUUUGAAAAACAAAUGAUUUCUUCCAAUUUAAAUUCCGAAUUUUGAUUCCGAUGACUUGAUCUUGUGAUGACUGGAUUGAGAGCAGUCGGUAGGUGUCGGGCCACGUGACAAGACCUCUUCCGAUAGUGAUUGUGAUUUAUGCCAUUAAAAAACAGUAACAGUACAGUACCACAAAACAACUUAGCUGUAAAACACCGUUCGAAAUGGAUUUUUUCUUUUUAUGGCUGGUCACGUUCGUCGCUGGAUUUUGGAUUUUUAAAAAACUAAAACAAUGGCAGAGUCUACCGCCUGGUCCUUGGGGCCUGCCAGUGGUCGGCUAUUUGCCGUUCCUAGAUCGCUAUCAGCCACAUUUGACUCUGACUAAACUGUCCAAGGAGUAUGGCCCGAUAUAUGGGAUUGGUAUGGGCAGUGUGUAUGCUGUCGUGUUAUCAGAUCAUAAGCUAGUGAGAGACGCUUUUGCUAAGGAGAACUUUUCUGGGAGAGCACCUUUGUACUUAACUCAUGGGAUAAUGCGAGGAAACGGUAUUAUUUGUGCGGAGGGAGCUUUAUGGAAGGAUCAAAGAAAGCUGAUAACAACGUGGCUGAAAAGUUUCGGCAUGAGUAAACACAGUGUGUCGCGGGAAAAGUUGGAAAAGCGAAUCGCCUCAGGGGUCUACGAACUCUUAGAAAAUGUCGAAAAGGCUUCCGGUUCACCGAUGGAUCUCCCUCGAAUGUUAUCAAACUCUUUAGGAAAUGUGAUCAACGAAAUUAUAUUCGGGUUCAAGUUCCCUCCCGAAGAUAAAACAUGGCACUGGUUCAGGCAAAUUCAAGAAGAAGGCUGUCACGAAAUGGGUGUCGCUGGCGUCGUUAACUUUUUACCUUUUAUUCGGUUCAUUUCAUCCUCAACUCGAAAAACAAUGGAUAUUCUGACACGUGGUCAAGCGCAAACACACAGGCUAUAUGCAAGUAUCAUUGAACGACGACGUAGAAUGCUUGAACUGACGCCGCCAAAGGAAGCGGCGUACGCCCUGCAUGACAAUCUGUUUAACGAGCAUCCAGAGGGCCAUAUAAAAUGCGUUAAGUACAGCAAGCACGCGCUUAGUAACGAAGAACAUUACUUCGAUCCGAAGAUCUUAAUCCCAUCGGACGGGGAUUGUAUCCUUGACAAUUUUCUCGCUGAACAAAAACGAAGGUUCGACAAAGGGGAGGAAGCAGCCAAGUUCAUGACAGAUGAACAGAUGCUUUUCCUACUAGCGGACAUGUUUGGGGCUGGCCUCGAUACAACCUCCGUAACUCUAUCAUGGUUCUUAUUAUACAUGGCCCUUUAUCCAGACGAACAGGAACUAGUACGCAAAGAAAUCCUAUCGGUUUACCCCGAUGACGGGGAAAUAGAUGGAUCCAUGCUGCCUUACCUCAGCGCUGCGAUAUGCGAGACCCAACGCAUACGAUCGAUCGUGCCCGUCGGGAUUCCCCAUGGAUGUCUCGAAGAUACGUACAUAGGAAACUACAGAAUCCCAAAAGGCACAAUGGUGAUACCGUUACAAUGGGCCAUACAUAUGGAUCCGAACGUGUGGGAGGAUCCUGAAGAAUUCAGGCCGAGCAGAUUCCUAGCGCCUGAUGGAAGCCUGAUUAAACCUCCAGAAUUUAUACCGUUUCAGACAGGCAAACGCAUGUGUCCCGGCGACGAGUUAUCCCGAAUGCUCGCGAGCGGUUUAGUCGCGCGACUAUUUCGUCGCAGGCGCGUGCGGCUUGCCUCGGACCCGCCGUCCGCCGAAGACAUGCGGGGUACAGUCGGAGUGACCCUCGCCCCGCCCCCGGUCCUCUUUUAUUGCGACUCUGUAUAAUUACUUUGUGAUCGGUUUUAAAGCAAUUUGAGAAAUUAAAUGAGUAUAGUGAA